UUUCCCUCUGGGAAUGAUGGGAGAUGCAGCUGGAUAUAACGCCCCUCUGCCACCCCCCACACACACUCGCUCUCUCCUAUCUCUCCUCUCUCACUGUCUGGCACUGAGUGGAAGUAAACAGAGGAGGAGAUCGCAUUUGGUUCCUGAACUGUUUCAGGGCUCGGUGCAACCACCACACACACACUUUUGAUUUCUCUCUCACACAUAUGGACAAAAAUACACACAGAGAGAGCAAAAGGGAUCUUGGCAGUACAGAAGCCUAAAAGUCGUUGACCGAACUCACAUCAGCUGCCUUUGACUGCGCAGCGUUUGAAGAAGAGAAGAAGAGCAAGAGGUGAUAGAGAGGAAAGAAAGAAGAGUGUAAAGAAGAUCAAAGGAGUGCAUCGCUUUGGGUUUGUUUGAGUCUUCCUAUUCAGUCCACGGUUGAAAAUGGAGAACACGUGAGGGAAAGAGGACCGUCGGUAAACUUGGGGCAAAAAUGCUGCUGGGUAAAGUUUGUGGAUAUUUCUAGAGGGAUUUCAUUUUUUUGCCCUUGAACUUUGAGGAAGGAACGCACAGGGUUGUCGGAGGACUGCGAAGAGGAAGAAGCCUGUAGGUGGGACAUUGGAGGAAAGGCUUCUCCAGGAAACAUGGCAGCCACCAACUCUAUCUCUUGCCCCUUUUUUCUCUCCUUCCUCUUUUUAUUCUUGGUUAUCCGGCCAGCCGUCACCCAGGGUCCAUCAGUCACAGCCGUGGGAGUAACUGAGGAUUCACCUACCACGCUGACUAACCAGACAACUACCAGCUAUACAGAGACCACCCAAAACACUCCUCCUGAGACAGGGCUUUCCACUCCCAACAGUGGUGGAGAUGCAGAUGAUGAGGAUCUCCCUCCUACUGGUGGAACACGCUGCCAGGGUUACUAUGAUGUCAUGGGCCAGUGGGACCCACCUUUCAACUGUAACGCCGGUGUCUUCCUGUACUGCUGCGGUACCUGCUUCUACCGUUUCUGCUGCCAGUUCCGUCAGCAACGCUUGGACCAGAGCAUCUGCUCCAACUAUGACACUCCCAUCUGGGCGAACACUGGAAAACCAGUUGCCACCAUUACUGAGGGACAGGGAGACCUAGACCGGGACCGCACGCAACUUAUCGUGUACAUCAUCUGUGGGGUGGUGGCCAUCAUGGUGCUGGUGGGCAUCUUUACAAAACUGGGCCUGGAGAAGAGCCGGGGGGGAAGCGGAGGCGGAGUAGGAGGGGCAGCACAGGCCGACCUCAACUCCAGGUGA